AUGACCAAUGCGCUGACCUCGGAUGCGGUGCUGGAUGAGGCGCAAAAAUCAGAGAUCAUCGAGGACUGGGCAGAGACCUGGCGCGGAACAACCAAGCUUGGAUUUACCUCGCAUAUGCUGCUGUCGUUUCCGACGGAUGUGACAGUCGAUCAGGUCCGCGACAUCACUUUGGAAUGGGCCGAGCAUUUCUUUGACAGCGGUGAGUAUGGCGACCAAUGGGAUUACGUUCUGGCGGUCCAUGACGACCGCGCCCACAAGCAUGCCCAUAUCCUUUUGAACAACCGCGGUGUUGAUCAAGGCACUUGGUUUUCCUGCUGGGCCGAAGGCGUGAUGUCACCGCAGCUGAUGCGCGAGAAACAGGCCGAGAUUGCUGAGAAGCAUGGCAUCAUGCUGGACGCCACCACGCGUCUUGAGCGUGGCAUCUACGCCAAACCUGCGGGCAUGGAAGAGAUUUAUGCGGCCAAAGCCCAAGCGCGCCGACCGCAGGAAAUUGCCCUCACCGAGCAAGAACGCGCGAUGGCCGAAGCGCAGGUGACGGCGUUCGCCAAAGACUACAAAUCCGUCGCCGACUUUUUGGACCGCAUGGAUCAACGGGCCAUCGGCAGCGCUGUGCGCUCCAUGGCCGAGGCGAUGGGACGCGGCGCGCCUUGGCAUGGCCCCGGCAAAAAUGAACAGACAGGAGAGAUCGACAUGAAGGACAUCACAACCGUGGGUCAGGCCACGGAGUAUGCGGAACGCGCGAUCGAGGCCAUUGGGCUGAAAAUCGAAGAGUUGGAUGCCAGCGCGCGCGCGGCGUUUGAGGUUAAAACCGCCCCGGUCCUCAAAGAGUUGUCACGGAUGGUGCCGGACCCCGAACUGCAAAGCCGGUUUAACAAGGUGCUGCUGGAACCCUACCCGCCGGGGGCGGGGGACGCCGCUUUUGUGGCCGAGCUGACUUUGGGCAAUGACGACGCGCUGGAGAAGCUGGAAGCUGUGAUCAACGGCGAGUUAAAGGUCGAGCUGACGGCGGCGCUUGGAGAACGCGGCAUCGCGGCGUUGCGCAACGGAAACUAUGCAGUGCUGGACGACGCAUUGCCGAGCAAGUUCGACCAAAUCACCGUCGCGCAGGAAUACCUUGAGAUGAUGCGCGAGGAGACGGGUGAUCUGCGGGCCGCGAUCUUGAUGACGAGAUGGUCGCUGGCGUCACUCGAUCGGAUCUACGGCCCGGAAGGCCGUGAAAGCCUUGAGAACGGCGCGGGGCUGAAGCUUUACAUCACCCCAAGGGAUCAGCGCACGGUGCGUGAGGUUUCUGCCGCUGUCGGCAGCACAACACGUGAGGCCGUCACGCGUAUGUAUGGGCGCAACAAAGGGGUGUUGGGGGCGACUUCGACAUCAACACGCCUCGAAGAACGCCCGCUUCUCUCUGAGACGGAAGCGCGGCUGAUGGACCCGGAUGAGGUGAUUAUUCUCGCCUCGCCUCAGCAUCCGAUCAAAGCGCAGCGAAUUAAGUACUAUGAUGAUCCUUUGUUCAAGGAAUUGGUCGAAAAGCAGGAAGGGCGGGCGUUUCCGUAUCCGCCAAUCGUUGAGGGCGUCGGGCCUUGGGAAGAAAUCGAGCCUAAGCAGGGCAAAACCGAUGCCGAAGGUGAACCCUCAGAGCAGGCAAAGCCUGCUAACCAGCCCGAGGAUCGCAACGCCCUAAGGGAGGCACGUGCGAUGAUGAUGGGUCAAGAUGCGUCAGGCGAAACCGAAGACUUGCACCCUACGCCAGAUCCUGACGACCCCCUCCCGCCAGAGUGGGAAGAUGUUUUGCUCGAGCAGAGCGACUUUCUGGAUGCGCUGAUGGAAGAGCAGGGUUUGGGGAAUUGA